AUGCCUCCAAAAGCUUCAUUGGGCAAAGAAAAGCUUGUCGACGAAGACGAUGAGGUUUUGCAAGCCGUCAUCUUGGCUGACAGCUUUAAUAAACGCUUCAAACCUAUGACCGCUAGCAGACCUAGAUGUUUACUGCCCAUAUGCAACGCGCCGUUACUGGACUGGACAUUAGAGAGCUUAGCUCUUGCAGGCGUCCAAGAAGCAUUCGUGAUUUGUCGGUCUUAUGCCGACCAAGUAAAAGCUGCGAUCAGAGAGUCCAAAUGGUCGCAUCCCGCCUCAAGCUUGAAAAUUGUACCGAUCGUUACCGCGAAGGAAACUUUCUCUCCAGGAGACGCGAUGCGCGAUAUCUACACACAUGGAAUCAUCACUGGAGAUUUCAUCCUCGUUGCGGGUGACCUGGUGAGCAACGUGCGCAUCGAUGAGGUCGUGAGGGCACACAAGGAGAGGCGACGCACGAACAAGGACGCGAUCAUGACGAUGGUGGUGAAGGAGAGUGGGGCAAGGCACCGGACGAGAUCGAGGGGUGAUUCGGCGGUGUUUGUGUUGAACAAGGACACUUCGGAGUGCGUACACUACGAGCCAGUCAGCGGCUAUCCCCCGAAGAGCAUUACCCGCAUACCUAGAGAAAUCUUCGAAUCGCAUCGAAACAUCGAGAUUCGGAACGACUUCAUAGAUUGUUUCAUCGAUGUCUGUUCCGUAGAUGUUCCCUCGCUCUUUCAGGAUAACUUUGAUUAUGCUGAUGUCAGGAGAGACUUUGUUCACGGCGUUCUCACGUCGGAUUUACUUAUGAAGAAUAUCUAUUGCUAUGUGGUCAAGGAGGGUUAUGCUGCCAGGGUUCAAGACACAAAGAGCUACGAUGCCAUCAGCAAGGACAUCCUGUCGCGAUGGGCCUUCCCAUUGGUACCAGACGACAAUCACCCCAGUGGACACGUAUACGAACAUCUUCGCGGGAACAAGUACAUCCCAGGGGAUAAUUCGGUGAUACUCUCACGGACAAGCAAAGUGGGGAACAACACGCUCAUCGGACCUUCCACACGAAUAUCUGCAGGCGCGCAGGUCCUCGCAUCCACUCUCGGUGCACACUGUUCCAUCGGUGUAAACAGCGUCGUGCGGAACUCCUAUCUCUUCGAGGGCGUCGUUGUCGGCACAAACUGUCUCAUCGAGAACAGCAUCAUCGGCGCAGGCGUUGAAAUUGGGGAUAGCAGCCGUGUCGCGCGGGGUGCGCUCAUAGCUGAUGGGGUAAAGCUUGGUGCGAAUACUAAGCUAUUACCGUUUGAGAGGGUCUCCAAACGGAAACAAAGUGAGAUUGAUGGUCAUGCGGAGGGGGAUGACGAAGGUGAGGGAGACAGUGACGAGGACUCCGAGUGGGAGGAGGCUGAAAAAGGCGACAACUAUUCAGAUCUUGAAUUAUCUGACCCAGGCUCCGUCACCUCCACUGAUGAAUCGGAUUCAGACUCAGACGAUUCCUUCAACGAACACGUAUCCCCAUCAUCUUCAACCACCUCCCUCCCUACCUCCGCAGCGGCCGCCGCGGUCUCCGCUGGUGCACAUGCGGCUGACACCGAAUUCCAGAACGAAGUUCGUUUGUCACUUGAACGCGCAUUUUCAGAAGGCCAUUCGCUCGACAACGCGUCUGUGGAGUUGAAGACGUUGCGCAUGGCGAGCAACGUACCAUUGCGUCGCGUACGUGAGGCAGUCGUUGCAGGCAUCGUUGAUAAUAUUGAGCUCGUGGAGAAUGCCGCGGAACAAAGAAUGGCGAUUAAGCGAUGUGUGGAUCGUUGGGGAGAACUGAUCAACAGAAUCGGUGGAGCCGACGGUGUUGAAACUGUCACUAUCCUGCAGGCUCAUUGUGCCGCGUCAACGCGCAUGCCACUGUUCGGGCAGAUACUUGCUGCGCUGUACCAGAACGAUAUCAUCGAAGAGGACGAUGUACGCGGAUGGCAUGCGCAGCCCGACUCCAAAGGCGAGGGACUCAAGGCCGGUGAGGUGCUUGAGAAUUUCAAAAGGUGCUGGUUGGUUGGAGCGCGGAUGAUUCACCAGUUCGAUCAACAAGAGAGUAGCUCUGAAGGUGAAGAUGAGAGCGACGGGUCGGGCAGUGGCGAUGACGCGGGCAGUAGUGACAGUGAGGGCAGUGGCAACAAUGAAGUCAGCGGCGAAGGCGAAGUGGAGGGCGAUGAUGGCGAAGAUGGCGACGAGGGGGACGAAGAAAGCGAAGACGAAGACGAAGAAUAA